AUGACCAACGACCAGCCCCUAGAAACCUCGGGGACCUCUUCUGCAGGUCUUCCUGGAGUAAUUAUGGCAGAAGAUCAGCAACGUUCAGACUACGUUUUUAGACCCGUAUCUGUUCCUAAGGGCUAUCCAGAGCUCAAAUACAAGCCGAUUAUGCUCAGCUUUCGUUGCAUGCUAUGCGUACUUACAUUUUAUCUCAUCGUCCUGGGUCUACUUAUUACUCUUAUUUUUGUCCACAAUGUUUCGUUCAGCAGUCAAUAUGGAUAUUUCACUAUUCGAAUCCUACCACCGAUAAUAGGCACAAUUACCGCUUCUUUAUGGCGUACCAUCGUCUUAACAGUCAGCAGGAUUGAGCCGUUUAUUGCGAGUGCUUCAGACGAUCCUACGGUCUAUAAUUGGCAGAACUCAGCACAUCGGACAAUUCUCGCGGAGUAUUUUCCGGUCCCUGAAAUUUUCAAUAUGAUACGAAAUAGAAACGGACUCUUGACCUUCACAUAUAUUCUGUGGGUUUUAUCAAAUGCUGUCUUAGCCUUCAAAGCUGUAUUGCUCAAUACAACUAAUUACGACGACUACUGGGAGGCGGCUGUCACUUUUUGGGCUCUGUAUGCCCUUAUUUCAAUUUAUUUCUUGCUGAUAGUGGGCCUGGUAGCCCUGAUGUGGCAUUUAAGAGCUGUUACGACCGGCCUACUUUGGGAUCCUGUGUCAAUUGCUGACCAUCUAGUGCUCUUUCAUCAUUCGAAUUUUCUUGCAAAGUUUGAUGGGACAGGGGCUAUUUCCCGCGAUAGCCUACACGAGCGUUUCCGGCGUAAUGAUUUUCGAUUGAAGUAUUGGGAUCGGGGUUCACUUGGGAUCUGGCAUGGUUUUGGAGUGAUUGAACAUGACCUUCAUGGUUCUGUGCAGAGAAAUGCUCCUGGUCCAGCCCCUGCUCCCAUUUCCACCGCCUCUGAGCCCAAUCCAGCUGACUCGGCGCAAUCUCGUCUUUCGGCCUUGAAAGCGGAAAGCAGCAAUGCGGGGACAACAGCUACUUUAUCCAUGCAAGAGGUGUCGAAAGCCAGCUAUCGCUCCUGUUAUUACAACAUGGAGCGCUCAAUGAUGGUUAUUUGGACGACAGUGGCGUUGGUGUUAUUUUGCCUACUCCUCGCAGCCGCCAUAACCAAUAUGGCUUCUGGAAUAGAUGUAUCCUUACCAUACGGCGUUACAUUAUUCUUGUUUCAAUUCUUGCCGGCAUUCGUUGUCGGUCUGUACACCUGGUUCUGGGAAGACGCCGACGUGUUCUGCCGAGCUACUCAACCGUUCAUCGGCAUGCGUGACAACCCAAAGCCUGCAACGGAAAACAUCUUACUGGACUACACCUGUCUUCCUCCAGGUAUUGCCACAUAUACAGCCUUCACCAACAAGCACUGGAAGGUCGCCAGAGUCUCUGCAAUAUCCCUGCUUCAACGGUUACUGCCAAUCAUUAUACCCGGCAUGGUCACGGUAGUGGAUGGAAAAGAUCAUCGUACCGUCUACGUGUCAAUUCCCCUACUUAUCGUCUCUUUGAUCUAUCUAGGAUCAUACAUCAUCCUCAUCCCCUUCGAAGUAUGCCAGAAUGGUCUGAAACGUCACCUGCCCCGCAAUUACAGCGCGAUUGCGGACCUGAUUUCAUGGUGCUACGCUAGCAGUCUCCUACGGUCUGACGCUUUCGAGCUGUCGUGGCGCAAACGCAACGACGCGCCGGGCUAUGUAUAUGAGCGUUGGCAGAUGGAAGCCGCGCUCAGACUCAAACACCACUCGUACCAAUUUGGAGUAUAUAAAUCCCAGCUCAAUCCGGGCACGCAUUGCAUUGGAUUUGACGAGGCAAAUCAAGUCGACGCGGUGGAUUUGCCGGACAAAAGAUCCCUUCGCCGCAGGCGACGUCGGGCGAGUCACGGUCGGGAAAGUCAGAUGAAGUGGGAAAUGUCGAAACUGACUUGGCUAGAUGCCUCUAAAGAGCGGGCUACGGAUCCAACGACAACUCAGUUGCAGUUCCGCAUGCCCAGGAGGAGCAGCCCGCAGAGUAGCCCGGGGUUUGAAGGUCGGUCCCAAGUUCUUAGUCUGAUUGUGCUAUCCACCACUCUGUCGUAA